CAUGGUUACCCUUUCGGCAGCAAAGCAGGGCUGUCUAAGGAGUGGAGCCAUCCGGAGGCAGGUGACCGAACUGGAGUACGAGAGGAGCCAUGGGCCGGAUUACUGAAGAACUGAUUAGGAAAAAUGCAGAACACAACAACUGUGAAAUAUUUUCCUUGGAGGAGCUCUCCUUGCAUCAACAAGAAAUUGAAAAAUUAGAAAAUAUUGAUAAAUGGUGUCGAGAUUUAAAAAUUCUCUAUCUUCAAAACAAUCUUAUUGCAAAAAUUGAAAAUAUUAGCAGACUUAAGAAAUUACAAUAUCUGAAUUUAGCUUUGAACAACAUUGAAAAAAUUGAAAAUUUGGAAGGAUGUGAAGGAUUGGAAAAACUUGAUCUCACAGUAAAUUUUGUUGGAGAAUUGAGCAGCAUUAAAAUUCUUCAGUAUAAUGUACAUCUUAAAGAAAUUUUUCUUAUGGGUAAUCCAUGUGCAGACUUUGAAGGAUACAGAGAAUUUGUGAUUGCUACUCUACAACAGUUGCAAUGGUUAGAUGGCAAGGAAAUUGAGCGAUCAGAGAGGAUUCAGGCCUUGCAGAACUACCCAGAAAUUAGAGGAAAAAUCAAAGAACAGGAAAAAGCUUAUUGCCUCAAAAGAGCCAAAGAGAAAGAAGAGGCUCAGAGAAAACUUCAAGAAGACGAAGAGAAGGAAAAACAGAAGGAAAAUAGAAAUAAGCCAGGCUUCAAUGGACGUUGGUACACAGACAUCAACAACACUGUUCCAUAUUCUUUGGAGAGGAAAGAAAACUACCAGCAACUUGCCAAAAAAGAAAAGGAAGUUAAUAAAAAGACACAAGAUGAAUUAGAUAAAGAAUUCUGGGAGAAGCCUACCUUAUUUACCCCUGAGUCUAGACUAGAAACUCAUAGAUAUUUGGAAAAGCAAAGGAGAGACCAAGAAAAAUCAAGUGAGAAAAAGAAGCAUCAAAAGCUACCUAGGACUUUGAUCACUGCAGAUGGACGAGUCUUGAAUAUUAAUGAGCCAAAGCUUGAUUUUUCUUUGAAAGAUGAUGAAAAAAAUAAUCAAAUUGUCCUGGAUCUUGCUGUAUAUAGGUUCAUGGAUACUUCUCUAAUUGAUGUUGAUGUACAGCCAACUUAUGUCCGAGUAAUGGUCAAGGGUAAGCCAUUUCAAAUUGUACUUCCUGCUGAAGUGAAACCUGAUAGUAGUUGUGCUAAAAGAUCUCAAACAACUGGACACCUGAUGAUCACCAUGCCAAAGGUAGGAGAAGUAAUUCUGGUUAAUAGAAAAGCAAAUAAACCUAUGAAAUAUCCUGAAAGAAAGAAAUUGCAAGAAAAUAAAAGAAGCAAUCAAAUUGAGAAACUAGAGGUAGAUCCCAGCAAGUAUUCAUUCCCUGAUGUGACCAAUAUAGUCCAAGAGAAAAAAAACACUUUGGAACGAAUCCCAGCUAAACCACAGGCUAUCCCCUGUGCUGAAGAAGACCCAGACUUUGAAGAUAAUCUUGAAGUACCACCUUUGAUUUAAACCAUCGGAAUGGACUUUCAUUGAAUAUUAUUUGCAUGAUCUAUUUCCUUCAGUUAAGAGAAUUUUUCCUACUGCUAAAAUUAUAUCAUAUUUUAAUCUACAUCAAAAUGAUUUCCAUUAUGUUUCUAUCUACUAUGAAUAUUAUUUUAAAAUAAUACAUAUAUAUUGUGUGUGUACUACUGAUUCUGUUGUAAUAUUUCAGAUAUUAUUUAAAUUGUAUUAACAUUUAAUAAUACAUAUAUAUUGUGUGUGUACUACUGAUUUUGUUGUAAUAUUUCAGAAAUUAUUUAAAUUUUAUUAACAUUUAAUAACAUUUUAUCCAAGUUUUUCAUGUAAGUGACAGAAAUAUUGUAGAGCAUAUGAAAGGAAGUGACCACUAGAUUAAAAAACUGAUUUUUAGAAUGGGAAAGUAAUAAUUAAUUUAUAUUUAUAUAGAAUGAGUAUUCUACAGUUAAUUGUCAGUGAGCUAUUUAUUGUUUUCUGUAUGUUCAAAAUUUUUCUAACUGUGAAUCUAGAUUCUAAUUUUCUAUGGUUGGGGAUGUAAGGAGUGGGGAACAUAGCAAUCUGAUCCUAAGAACAACCUCUGGGCCAGAAAAGAAUAUGGUCUCUUCAUUGCCCUAUACCAAUGAUCUGAGAACCAGGGUAGGUCAACCAGAGAUUUUAGACUUGAACAGGGAAAGAGAAACUAGUGUGAGGGAACCCCUGUUGUCAGCAAAGGAAAUCAUAGCAGUUUAGCACCAUCUGAGAGCUCUAGGGCCUCCACAGGAGAAAGGACUAAAGUGCCUGACUAUGAAAAUGGAAUAAAAGAGCCAGGUCCCUGCAAAGGUCAGAUGGAGAGUCAUAUCAGAAAGUUGCUUCAAUACACCAGAUAAGACCGGGAGGAUUUAUUAAGCAUGAAAUAGAGCUUCCAAAGCUCAAAAUGACUCCUUGAAUAAACAUAGACAAGCUGAUACCCAGAGAAGUCUUUAGCUCCCAAAUAAUAGUGGAUUUCUCUUGGUUAAGGAAGGCUGGUGACAAGAACAGUGUUUCUAUUGGUCUGUGACAGGUUUAUCUCUUUCUAGUCUUGAAGCUAUCUUCUGAAGGUGACUGUAGGAGCUGAGAACCUUAACAGAUUUACCACCUUAACAGAUUUACCAGAUUAAAGAAGUAUGAGCUGGAAAGUUAGAGAUCAUCAUAACAGCGAAGACUGCAGGAACAAACCAGGAGAUUCUCAAUGCAAGACAUAAGGUGAUCAGACAGGCAAAGAAGAAGGAACUAAGGGGGGGUGGAGAGUCCUAAUUCCUUCUCUGUUUUUCUGCAAAUCAAGAAUUAACUACACUCUCUGAUCUUCUAAAUGCUUUUUUUGAUUUGUGAUUUUUUGAAACUAUUGUAAUAAGAGGAGCCUCUUUGAACUGCUGGAUUCAAAUCCACUUUUGGAGAGACAUCUUCUUAGUCAGCAUGCAGAGCUGGAGAUGAUAAAGCAGCUCUUUGUUGGUCCCCAUCAACUUGGACUUUGUGGAAAUAAAGCAAUCCCUUUAUCAUUUUCUUGUUUCUCAUGGGACUAUGGGAGGUGUAACUGCCACUGAACAGGAAGAGCACCCACACACACACUCACUUAGCUGAAAAGGAGAACCAACUUCUGCUAUCACUUUCUCUCCUUUUUUUUUUUUUGAGCAUAUAAAGAUUCUGUAAGCCUCCUUCUUUGAUAUCCAUCAGAAGAGAGAGGGAAAUUGCGAAUGAAUAGCUCUUCCUUCUCUGCUGAAUUUCACAAUUUAGAAUGUUUAUUUGAGAAUCAGAAGACCUCAGUUUGAAUCUUGUUUCUGUAAUGUCUCUGAACCUUUUGACAAAUUAUGUUAUAGCUCUGUGACUCAGUUUCCUCAUUGGUUAAAUAAGAAUGCUAGAGAAUAAAAAGACGCAUGCUUUGUGUUGCG